AUGACUUUCUCCUUCUGGUCCUCCGCCUUCACGGCGCAGACCCAACGCCUCGCGUUGCCGACCAUUGCUGACAUCAAGGCAAUGGCCAUCGCAUCCUUUGCCGCAUCAAGCGUCGCUCAUGUGUCCAUUUUCACUGAGACCUUUCAGAUCCCCAACAUCCUCAGCACCCCUCAAGAAUUUCAAACACUCUCCCUCAUUGACUCGUGUCAGGAAGGCGGCCUGAUCGACAACAUCACGAAAGCUCGGCGCAUGAACGCUAUCAUCGAUACCACCCUCAGGGACAUCACAUCCACUGACGUCAACAAAACAGCUCACGAGUCCAAUAUUGUCGACAAUCGCAAGAAUACCACCCAGUCAACCGACGCUCAAGCUACCGCGCCUCUCAUCAUCGAGGACAACAAGUCUGCUCAAGUAGUCGAAGUCUCUCACCAAGACGAUCUCAUCCACAAUGUUAACACCGUCACUAACGACAAUCGCGACGCCACUUCACGCAUCGCUGAUGAGGAGCUUUUCAUCAGGGAGGAGAAUGAGACGCAUAUCUAUCAACAUAUCUUCCCCAUUAUGGACAUCAUCGAGGUUGACAACUCCAAAGACCAUAUCUACCACCACGUCCUCCCCAUCAUCGACAUUGUCGAGGUCAACAGCUCCAUGGCUUCCAAAAUUGCCGACGUCGCCGAAGUUGACGACAUGGGCGCCUCCGCCUCAAGUAUCGGCCACGACUUCGAGCGCUUUCUGAGGGAGGAUAAGAUGAAGUGGGUGCAUGCCGUCGCCAAUCAACCCGAACUGUGCCACUCGAUCUCCAAGACCAAGAAGCAAGCCAUCGAGGUCACCAAGCAAAGCACUCCAGUCAACAAGGCCAUCGCUUCCGACAACAAGCUUUUGACCGACAAGAAGACUGAGAACAUCAGCUCCGAGAAGGUAGUCGACACUGGAAUCGUCUCCCUUCACCAUAAUCGCAGGUUGUCUAAUGACACCAACUCGUCAACCGAGACGGACAACACUACCAAUAGCGAUGCGAGCAGAGCCACCACUCCGGAUACGCCCGAAACGGUGUACUCCACCCCGGACACCAACAAAGUCAACAACAAGAUUGACGAUCCCGCACUGGCAAACAUCAACGAGCUCAAGCAAGCCGACAAGAGCCAAUCGCCUAUCGCCCCUCUCGAUACCUCCUCCUUCGGCAACAUGUACAACUACUCCCACCUCUCACCCUCCCAUCUUGAAGUCAUUCUCAUCAUGGAACGCCUCGACCUCAACUGCCGCUAUGUCCAAAUGUCGUGCGGCUACUGGUACGCCCUCGAAGACGACGACGAGAUCCGCCCAAUGUCAAAGGCCGAGUACCAGGAGUUCAUCAACUGGACCAGCCAAACCCCCGUCGUGACCCGCGACGAUUUCGACAAGAAGCAACAAGCGGACGCCGAGGAGGGAGGUCAAGACGGUUUUGUCGACGACGAUUACAACAACCAACCCAUCGAACUUAUCGAUCGCACCGAAUCUGCCGACUAUCAACCCACCACCGGCAUCGAAUUUCUCUCAUCCACCGACCUCGCUGACGACGAGGACGAAGACAAUUACCACUCCUCCGACCCCCUUGCAGCCUGGGAAUCCACCCUCGCCAUCUGGAAAGACCCCGAAGACCUCGACGAAGACUGGGGCGUGAUCGGCCUCUUCAACCACCCCGACGGGCAGAAACAAAUCGUGAUUGGCAACGACGAGCAGGUGUACUGGAUGUACGAGGGCAUGUUCCGCUUGCUGGAUGCUCACGAGCUCGAUCAGUUCAAUCGGUGGAGAGACGGGGAUGAAUUUGCUUUUGAUGAGGUGGAGGGCAAGAGGGAGCCGAAGACUUGGGUGAGGGCGGUGCUGGGUAAGCGGAGGAAUAUGAAUAAGUGGUGCGCUUGGAGUUUGGAGAUGGAGAGUAUUGAGGAAGAGGAAGAGGUGGAGGAGGUUUACGAGUGUUGGUGA